AUGGGCUGCGCGGCGUUAUCGGGAGCGCUGUGGUUGGGGUUGCUGUGGGCCGGCAGCGGGGUCGGGGGAAGCUGCUUGGGAAAGUGCUGCGAGGGCCGGGACGCUGCCUGUGUCGGCGAGGGAUGGAGGGAGGGAGGAGGCUACGGGACCUGCUACUGCGACGGAGGAUGCCGGCGAGCCGGGGACUGCUGCCACGACCACGGCCAGGCGUGCCCGGCUCUUCCAUGUGUGGUGGGGGAGUGGAGCCACUGGAGUGGCUGUGCAGAACAGUGUCAACCCGAUCUGCGGAUACGUAGGCGCUAUGUACAACAGGAACCUAAAAACGGUGGGGAACCUUGUCCUGCUCUAGAGGAGAAGGCUGGCUGCCUGGAAUACCUGACUUACCAGGGAGAGGACUGCGGCCACGAACAUGUCCCUGCUUUCAUAACUACCUCUGAAUACAGUAAAGAAAGAAAACGACGAGCAGCAUCUUCUCUCUGGCCUUCAGACAAAGAAGCAGCUGGAUACUGUGUGGAAUUUAAAACAGAAUCACUUUCACACCACUGUGCUUUGGAGAAUCGGCCGUACGCUCGAUGGAUGCAGUACCUACGAGAAGGACAUACUGUGUGUGUAGCUUGCCAGCCUCCAGCUAUGAAUACUGACACGCAUCGUUGUUCUGGAGAUGGCCAUAACGCAGAUCGAGGUAAAAUCUUACACUGGGAAGCAGUUGGCAACUCUCAGUGCCAAGGAACCUGGAAGAAGAUUCGGCAACUGGAGCACUGUUCAUGUCCCCUUGUGCAUAGCUUUAUUUUUACAUAGAAGUUUAAAAGACCUUUAAAACAGCAAGAACAAAAAGAUUAAGAAAAUCAACACCAAUGCCAAGAAACCUACAUCUUUCUGCUGCAUUUUCUGGAGCCUAAACAAACUUUAAAGGACUCAGAAAUUUGGAAGAAGCAUUUCGGGAAACUCUCUCUGCCUUAAUACAAAAUGCUAAGACUGAUGUUUGUAUUAGAACACUAGAAGCAUGUUUCCAUGUUUCUCUUGUAAUUAAAGAGCUAAUGUUUC